UAAUAGUUAAAAUGCAUUCGAUCUUAUCCUCCCUAUAUAAUGGCAAACAAUAUUAAUGUACUUUUAAAUAUUAUAUUGCCUACUUUAUGUGCUUUUAUCACGAACUUUUCAAUUUUGUUCCAUUUUUUUUUCAAAAUAUUCUCUUAUAUAUUUUUUUAUUUUAUUUUAUUUUUUUUUUUAUUUUUAUCCUUGUGUGUAAAAAUUUAUUUUUUGUUAAAUAUUUUUUUAGACAUUUUGGAUUUCUGUAUUGAAAAUGCUUAUUGUUGUUUCAAUGAUGUGUUUUAUAAACAAACUUUUGGAACCCCAAUGGGUUCUCCAUUGUCUGGUGUUAUUGCCGACUUAGUAAUGGAGAAACUUGAAAAUGAUGUUCUGAAGAAGUUGGACUUUCGUUAUAUCUUUUAUUUUAGAUAUGUGGAUGACAUUAUUAUAUGCAUUCAUAAAAACAAUGUCAAUAAACUAUUAAACACCUUUAACGGAUAUAAUGAGAAUUUACAAUUCACCAUUGAAAUUGAAAACAAUGGACAAAUUAGUUUUUUAGAUACCCUUCUCAUUAGGGAGAACGAUUCUAUUAUUACAAAUUGGCACCAUAAAGAUACUUUCUCUGGUAAAUACUUAAAUUUUAAUUCUAAUGCUUCUAUUAAAGACAAAAUUUCUAUAAUUUAUGGUUUAGUAGAUAGAGCAAUUAAACUUUCAGAUAUUAAAUUCUAUACUGAUAACCUAAAUUUUAUAUACAAUAUCUUAAUAGAAAAUGAUUAUCCACAAAAUUUCUUAACAAAAUAUAUUAAUAAACGUUUUGAAAAUUUAUUUAUUAAUGAUGAUAAUAAUACUAAUAAAAUACCAUUUGAUUCUUCUAAUUUAGUAGUUUUACCUUACGUAAAUGAGUUACAUUCUUCCUUUAAAAAAUUAUAUAAUGAACAUAAUAUUAGAGUCGUUUUCACUUAUGAUAAGGACCCCUUUAAAAUCUUCAUAAAAAAUAAAGAUCCUACACCUUUUUUAUUCAAAAAUCACGUAGUUUAUCACAUUCCAUGCCAAUGUGGAGCAUCCUACAUUGGUGAGACAGAAAGAUAUAUUAAAGACAGAAUAAAUGAACAUAAAAGAGAUUGCAGGUAUGACAAUAGAAAAUCCGCCCUUGUAAUUCAUUCACAUGAAAAUGAUCAUAUUUUUAAAUUCGAUGAUACAAGCAUUAUAUGUAAUGAAACAAAACUUAAACGUAGAAAAUUCAGAGAAAUGUUUUACAUUCUUAAAACUCAAAAUUCCGUGAAUAAACACACUGAUUUAAAUAAUUUAAAUGAAAUUUAUCACUCCCUGAUUCUCAGCACUGAUUAAUAAAGAAAUUUUCAAAUUUAAAUUUUCGUUCAAUUUAAGCCGGUCAUAUAGAUACCUUCUUAAUCAUAUAACGAUUAAUAUAUAUUAGUAAUUCUCUAAUUCUCUAAUUGUACCUUUAAAAAUGUGACAAACUCAUUUCCACUCACUUAUCUCCAUUAAAAUAUUAUAAAUAUUAUCAAGAACAAUCAUGUUCUUGAUAAUUAAUAAUUUAUUUAUAAAUAAGGAUAAUUAAAAAAUAUUAAUGAGGAAACCCUCUUGAUAAUAUGUCUGAAGAGGCCUACCGUUGGCAGGCGAAAGCUCAUAAG